GCAUGCAUGCACUCCAUUGAUACAACAACUCACAAACCUCACAACAAUACCGAGAAAAAUUGCGAGAUUUCAUACCGAGAUGGCCUCCUUUUCCUCUGCCUCUGUGCUCGCUCUGACGAUCAUGACGGUGCUCGUCACCGGUGCCCGGUGCAGCACCUCGAGCAAGGUUGGCUUCGCACUCACGAAGGGCUCCACCCCCACCAAUCUCAUUGUGGCCGCCAAGUCCUUUGGCGGCACUGCCGAUGACUUCUCCAAGAUGCAGGUCAAGGGGCAGGGCUCGGAUAAGUGGAUUGACAUGAGCAAUGCGGGGAGCUCUGGCAAGGGGAACUCCGUCUGGAAGGCCGUAUCCUCUACCCCACUCAAGGCCCCUCUCGCCAUCCGUUAUCAGACAAAGCAGGGCACGACUGUUGUGAAUGACGACGCCAUUCAUUCAUUUUAG